GCGCGAAUUGGUCGAGGCGGAGUGCGUCACAGCGGCAGGUGCAGCUGGGAGAUGGUGUUCCUUCGUAAGUUAGCGGAGCGCAAUUGGGAGUUUCCUGCGUACGUACUGUUGACGGGAGGUGUCAGGAGCAGCCGGCCAGAGGAUUUUAUGGACAAGUUCCUCGGAGAUCAGUGUGUAAAAUGGGACAGGCCACAUCAGGGACUGAGCUGGAUGCUCCUGAAGACAAGCUAGUCAACAUCCGGACAUUUGUGGAAGAUCAACUGCAGACUAGUAUGAUGGUGGGGAUCAUGAUUGGUGCUGGCAUCUCAGUUGUCCUCAUUGCCAUACUGAUAUUGUUUGUCUUCCGAAGGAUCCAGCGAAAACAUGUUCAGCCACAGGAGACUCCAAAAUACAGAUUUCGUAAGAGAGACAAAAUGCUGUUCUAUGGACGCAAAAUUAUGCGUAAGGUUUCCCAGUCCACAUCAUCUUUGGUUGGAACCACUGCCUCCAGGCCACGCUUAAAAAAGAAGCAAAAGAUGUUCAACAUUGCCAAAAAAAUUCUUCAGUUCAGGAAAGAAGUCCCCACCCUGCAACAAAAAGAACCCCCACCUUCUGUCCUAGAGGCAGAUCUGACUGAGUUUGAUGUGGCCAACUCACACCUACCCUCUGAGGUCCUCUACAUGCUCAAGAAUGUCAGGGUGCUGGGACAUUUUGAAAAGCCUCUGUUCCUGGAGCUCUGCAAGCACAUGGUGUUCCUGAAAUUUCAGCAGGGCGAGUAUGUGUUUCGUCCUGGCCAGCCCGACAGCAGCAUCUAUGUUGUGCAAGAUGGAAAGCUGGAGCUCUGUUUAGCUGGACAGGAUGGGAAGGAUGCCGUGUUGAAAGAGGUGUUUCCAGGAGACAGUGUCCACAGCCUUCUCAGCAUCCUUGAUGUUAUUACGGGUCACCAGAAGCCCUAUAAGACGGUGUCUGCCCGUGCUGCUGAUGUCUCCACUGUUCUUAGGCUGCCAGUAGAAGCCUUCCUGUCAAUCUUUGAAAAGUACCCUGAGAGCCUGGUCCGCGUGGUACAGAUCAUCAUGGUCCGCUUGCAGAGGGUCACCGUUCUGGCCUUGCACAAUUACCUUGGCCUGACAAAUGAGUUGUUCAGUCAUGAGAUGCAGCCUCUUCGUUUGCAGCCUCAGUCACUCCACCAGGCCCGGACCAGUCCCAUCAGGCAUAGCAAGCGUUUUAGCAGCAUGUGCACCACUGAGGAGAAUGCUGGUAAACCAGGGGAGGUGACAACCGCCAAAGAGCUGAGUGAUACUGUCAAAAUGGCAUUGCAGGAAGGCACCACAGUACCAACCCUCAGCAGAGCUGUCUCCAUGCCUGUUGAUAUCUCAGGGAUGCAAAGGGGACGUCGAUCUGACUUUGACAUGGCAUAUGAGAGAGGAAGAAUCUUGGUCUUCCAGCAGGAUGACGGCACCUCUGGACCACCAGCCUUCACACGAUCCAUUUCUCAGGAACCACGGGAAAGGAAGUCCGUGAUGGUGGAGGAGCAGCCAUCUGGGGUGUUCCUGUAUCCUGAUGAGGACUCUGCAGACAGUUUAUUUGAACCACUGCUAGGGCGGCAAACAUCAAGUCUCUUUGAAGAAGCCAAAAAUGAAAUUCUGCGACUCAUGUGCAUCGAGGACGCCUCUCUAUUAAAUGGUCGGGUUACACUGCAUCAUGCCAAGGCCGGGACUGUUCUUGCACGACAAGGAGAUCAGGAUGUAAGCCUUCACUUUGUGCUGCUGGGCUGCCUACACGUGUAUCAGAGGAUGAUUGAUAAACAGGAGGAUGUGUGCUUGUUUGUCACCCAGCCUGGAGAGAUGGUGGGGCAGCUGGCUGUACUGACUGGGGAACCCCUCAUCUUCACCAUCAAGGCCAUCCGGGACUGCACUUUUCUCAAGAUUUCCAAGUCGGACUUUUAUGAGAUAAUGCGUGAGCAGCCCAGUGUUGUUCUAAGUGCAGCACACACAGUGGCCAUCCGGAUGUCCUCCUUUGUCCGGCAGAUGGACUUUGCUAUUGACUGGAUGGCAGUGGAGGCCGGACGAGCUCUUUACAGGCAGGGUGACCGGUCUGACUGCACCUACAUCGUCCUUAAUGGUCGCCUGAGAUCUGUGAUCCUCAAGUCAAAUGGCAAGAAGGAACUAGUUGGCGAGUAUGGCAGAGGAGAUCUCAUUGGGGUGGUAGAAGCUCUGACCCGACAGCCACGUGCCACCACGGUCCAUGCAGUGAGAGACACAGAACUUGUGAAGCUGCCUGAGGGGACACUGAACAACAUCAAGAGAAGAUAUCCACAGGUUGUAACAAGGCUGAUCCAUCUCCUUGGGCAGAAGAUCCUGGGCAACCUGCAGCAAGUCAGAGGACCCUUUUCGGGUUCUGGCAUGGCAUCUAGCCAUGAUGUGACCAAUCCUGCCAGCAAUCUGUCUACAGUGGCAGUGCUGCCUGUCUGUGAUGAUGUGCCAAUCAACGCUUUCAAUCUGGAGUUGUACCAUGCUCUGAGUGCCAUUGGACCCACAUUACUGCUCACAAGUGAUAUUAUCCGAGAGCGUCUGGGAUCUUCCGCCUUGGACAGCAUUCAUGAAUACCGCCUUUCUGGGUGGCUGGCACAGCAAGAGGACAUCAACCGCAUUGUACUCUACCAGACAGACUACACCAUGACCCCAUGGACCCAACGCUGCAUUCGGCAAGCGGACUGCAUUCUGAUCGUGGGUCUUGGAGAUCAAGAGCCCAACCUCGGGGAGCUUGAACAGAUGUUGGAGAACACCGCAGUCCGUGCUCUCAAGCAGUUGGUGCUGCUACACAAGGAGGAUGGACCCGGCCCGGCCCACACUGUCGAGUGGCUGAACAUGCGCAGCUGGUGCUCAGGCCAUCUGCACCUCAAGUGUCCACGUAGAGUCUUCUCUCGACGCAGCCCCCCUAAACUGAGAGAAAUGUACGAGAAGGUGUUUGCAAAGACAGCUGACCGGCAUAGCGACUUUUCCCGCCUUGCCCGAGUCCUCACAGGGAACAGCAUUGCCGUUGUGUUGGGAGGUGGAGGAGCCAGAGGUUGCUCUCAUGUUGGGGUGAUUAAGGCCAUGGAAGAAGUGGGAAUCCCCAUCGACAUCGUUGGAGGAACGUCAAUCGGCUCAUUCAUUGGUGCACUGUAUGCUGAGGAGCGUAGUGCCGUCCGCACAAUGCAGAGAGCCCGCGAGUGGUCCAAGUCAAUGAAUUCCGUGUUCAAGACUGUGCUGGAUCUCACCUAUCCCAUCACCUCCAUGUUUUCUGGCUCAGCCUUUAAUGCAAGCAUCUCAAAGGUGUUUCAGGACAAGCAGAUUGAGGAUCUGUGGCUGCCCUAUUUCAAUGUGACGACUGACAUCACUGCAUCAGCUAUGCGUGUUCACAAGGAUGGCAGUGUCUGGCGCUAUGUCAGGGCGAGUGCUUCCUACACCCCUUAUUUACCUCCUCUCUGCGACCCCAAGGACGGGCAUUUGCUUGUGGAUGGCUGCUAUGUAAACAAUGUCCCAGGCUCACUAUGGCGGUAUGUACGGGCUAGCAUGACCCUUUCCGGGUACCUACCGCCACUCUGUGACCCAAAGGAUGGCAACUUGCUCAUGGACGGAGGCUACACCAACAACCUGCCAGCGGACAUAGCCAGGAACAUGGGGGCCAAAACCGUCAUUGCCAUCGAUGUGGGCAGCCAAGAUGAGACGGACUUGUCCAACUACGGUGACAGCCUCUCGGGGUGGUGGCUGCUGUGGAAACGCAUCAACCCGUGGGCAGAAAAAGUCAAGGUCCCAGACAUGGCAGAGAUUCAGUCGCGGCUGGCGUAUGUCUCCUGUGUCCGUCAGUUGGAGGUUGUGAAGAACAGCGCCUACUGCGAGUACAUCCGGCCACCCAUUGACCGCUUCAAAACCAUGGAGUUUGGAAAGUUUGAUGAGAUCUAUGAUGUUGGCUACCAGCAUGGCAAAGUUGUGUUCAGCAGCUGGAAACGGGGCGACAUCAUAGACAACAUGCUGAAGGAUCGGAGGUCGGCAGACUUUAACGACAGAAAGAAAGCUGAGAGUGGCUCCUGUUUACCUGCAGACUUCACAGACCUCGCAGAAAUAGUUUCCCGAAUCGAGCCUGUUCAGAGUUUUGUGGCUGCUGAAGCCGAAGAGUCAGACUAUCUCACUGAAUAUGAGGAGGAUGGGAUAGAAGCUGUGAGAGAGGAAGAGGGUGGAGAGGAGGAGGACGACGACGAUGACGAAGUGGAAGAUGAAGACCCUGACAACCAGUUGCAAGCAGAGUGGGCCAAGCAAAGUGCAUCUGAGAUGGAUGAAGAAACAUCCAUCCGCAAUCGCAAGAGGCUGACCUCAGAUGUAUUCCCCUCUGCAGAUGUGCCAGAGCCUUAGUGAAGACGGAGGACACCACAGGAUAAUAAAGGACAUUGAGCCUUCCACCUGAGCCAGGGACACACGCAUAGGAUUGGGGGCAUGAAAACACAGACAGGUGUGGCUGUGCUUCGAAGGAUUAGAUGGCUUAUCCUAAUGGUGGAUCCUACAGAGAUGCUCUUACUUUGUUCAGCAUGUUUCUUGUAAAAAUAGGAAAAAGCAAGACUCCUUUAGGAAGCUCCCACCAAAGACCCCCAUGUCAGUGUUACUGAAGACUGGCGGAGAAUAUCUUGGAAACAGAAAAGUGGCAAUGGUAACCCAUUAGGACCCAGGGGCACCUGGCAAGCAGGCUUGACUUUUUUAAAAGGUUAACAGAAAACAGUCCCAAAAAUCACUGUCCUCCAGAUGUGGUUUCUUGUCACUCUGGUGGAAAUGCCAGGGUUCUUUUGUUUUAUAAACCCGUCACUUUCUGCAUAGUGCAGGUGUGCCUAAAAGUAAAUCCACACUUUCCCAAGUUACGCUGCAGAGCUUACCAGACAAUUGCUUUCAUGCGUAUGUACACCCAGAACCUUGUUAUUGCCUCACAAAGUAUGGGAACUGUAUUAGAAAGUCAAGUACAGUGUGAAUUUAAAGCAUUCAGAAUCACGACAAAAUGGGUGAGCAAUCAUGUGACACUGUGUUCGUUCAGGACGUAUGGUUGCUGCGUUAGUUUGCACCUGUGCGAUGAAGAGCAGCAUGUAAAGAGAUUAAAGUGCACCUCAUUUAAUGUGCUAUUCCGUUUCCUAACUCCUGAUUUAUUUUUACCUUUGCAAUAUCCGCUUUCAGAUGCUGCUUGUCUUGGUCAGGAUUGGAGAAGCCAGUGUUACAUGAUAGGUAGCGGACCUGGAUGAUACGUCAGUUUAUUAUGUUUCAUAAUUUUACAUCAUUUGUUUGAGUGCAGGAGCCAUUAUCAGUUACUGUUUUCAGUAAACAUGGGUGUUUUAAGAAAGGCACACUGCGUCUAUUGUGUAAUAGAAAUAAAAGCUAAGCUAAUAAAGGACAAGGCAGACUUCUCAAAACUCUGCCUUGUUAUAACUUGCGCAGAUAACCGUGAGCUUUGAGGAGUCACAAAUCCUAGCCUGUCAACACUGGGAGACCAACUACCGCCUUUCCAAGCAUGAACAUUCAAAGAUGGUAAAAAUAGCCACCUCUGUUACGUGUCCUGUGCUCAUACUAGAUGGGUGGCUAAAAUGUGACGGUCACUCGUGCUCAAUGGCGUACCUCCCGGGGUGACCUUUCACACAUCACAAGUGAUGUUCUUCCUCGGCUCUGCUCUUUUGGAAGUACUGUUAAGGUUGCCCUAUGAAGCUGUUCGUACUGCUGCCACCUAUUAGCACCUACCAGGCUUGCAGUAGACAAAACCAUAGAAGUUCAGUUACAUGGCAGGGUUCUACCUUCAUAUCAGUAUGAAAUGUGUGUCUAUGUAAAAUACAAAGUCAAUGUAUACACGUAGCAGAAGGCGAUAAACCGGCAGAUGGGGAUACCGGAUGAAAUUCUUGCAGUGUGCAUUAAAAACAAAAACUUUUAUUGAAAACGUGUUUUAUGUUUAAAUAUAUCCACACGUUUAACAACACAUCAUUAAAUGUGCACACAACAGGAAACAGAAAUGUUUUUUUAAUUGGAGUAUUCGUGUCUUAAAAGUAAUGUCUGGGCUUGCAUGUCUUCUGCAUGUAACAGAUCCCUUUAGGAAUGUUACCCAAGGUGCUGUGCAGUUCAGCCUAGUUGGGGAGUCAGUACUGCUUGUGCUCCCUGUGACUUCCUUUUGGAUUAAAUAGGUUUGACAAUUUAAAGGUGGAGAUUUGAAACAAAGAGGGAGCACAAGAAAAA